AUGGUUAUUAUCCGCACAAUAUCGCUGACCUUUUUUUCCCAAUAUGUCUUCAAGUCUCUCCAUUUUCAAUUUUAUCCGUGCUGCGGUUUAUCUGUCUCCUCCCCACCGAACCACCCCUUCACUUCCCCAACAGACGCAAAAACACACACCCCCUCGCCGUCGGAUCGGAAGUUAGCUAAAGAUUCAACGGCAGUCAUGGCCCAGCUGACUCACGGCGCCACGGCCCUUCGGAACGCCCUCUCCGCCGCCUUAAUCCCCGCCCGCCACCUCGCCACCGCCUCCACCUCCCCAAUCGUCGUCGAGACCUCCCUCCCCUUCACCGCGCACAAGAUCGAUCCCCCCUCCCGCUCCGUCGAGACCACACCCCAAGAGCUCCUCACCUUCUUUCGCGAUAUGGCUCUCAUGCGCCGCAUGGAGAUAGCCGCCGAUUCUCUCUACAAGGCGAAGCUCAUCCGCGGUUUCUGUCACCUAUACGACGGCCAGGAGGCCGUCGCCGUGGGUAUGGAGGCGGCAAUUACGAGAAAGGACUGCAUAAUUACCGCUUACCGAGACCACUGCAUCUUCCUGGGCCGUGGAGGCACGCCCGUGGAGGCAUUCGCGGAGCUCAUGGGGAGAAAGGAUGGGUGCUCAAAGGGGAAAGGUGGGUCGAUGCAUUUUUACAGGAAGGAAGGAGGGUUUUACGGAGGGCACGGUAUUGUUGGGGCUCAGGUCCCCUUGGGGUGUGGACUGGCCUUUGCGCAGAAGUACAGCAAAGACGAGAACGUGACUUUCGCGUUGUAUGGAGAUGGAGCCGCCAACCAGGGGCAGCUGUUUGAGGCGCUGAAUAUGGCAGCCCUUUGGGAUCUGCCGGCUAUUUUGGUCUGCGAGAAUAAUCACUAUGGAAUGGGCACAGCAGAAUGGAGGGCGGCCAAGAGUCCAGCUUAUUACAAGAGAGGUGAUUAUGUUCCAGGGAUGAAGGUGGAUGGUAUGGAUGCCCUUGCUGUGAAACAAGCAUGCAAGUUUGCGAAGGAGCAUGCCUUAAAGAAUGGACCCAUUAUCCUUGAAAUGGAUACUUACAGGUAUCAUGGACACUCCAUGUCGGAUCCUGGAAGCACAUAUCGUACACGUGAUGAGAUUAGCGGUAUUAGACAGGAGCGUGAUCCAAUUGAGAGAAUCAGAAAGCUGAUACUACAUCAUGAUCUAGCUACUGAAAAAGAACUAAAGGAUACUGAGAAAGAAAUAAGAAAAGAGGUAGAUGAUGCUAUUGCAAAUGCUAAGGAGAGUCCUUUCCCUGAUUCGUCAGAACUUUUUACCAACGUAUACGUCAAAGGCUUGGGAGCUGAGUCAUUUGGUGCCGACAGAAAAGAGUUGAGAACUGUGCUUCCGUGA